UUAGCUUUCUCCCAUAGUUUUACACAUAUAAAUGCCUAAAACGUGUCUAUUUCAGGUAUUACCUCUUUCUUUCUGGCUUCUCUUCUUCAGCGGCUCCCUUUCCUUUAUAAUUUCCUUCUAAGGUCCAACUACAUAGAGGUAUUUCAUCACCUGAUCUCCUAAAUUCUCAGCUUAAUAUUCGCCAGUCAAAGAAAUUCUUCAAUCCCUUUUGAAAAUUCUUCGUGGAAAGCUAGAAUCAAUACUUUUCUUUUCCAUCAUUAAUUUCCAAUGGCUAAGGUUCAUCCUGAAGCAUUCAGUAGUACUUCUUCUAAUAGUUACAUGGCAUCAACCAGAGAAACAUAUACUGUAUGGUUGAAGUCCCUUGUAUUCCAUGGAAAUGGUUGCACCAUCUUUAACUCCAAAGGAGAAAUUGUCUUUCGCGUUGAUAAUUAUCAAGAGAAAAGUAGCAGUGAAGUUUUCCUCAUGGAUCUCGAUGGUGAUGUCCUCUUCUCAAUACAAAGAAAGAAAAUUCAAGUUUUCCAAAGCUGGAAUGGGUAUAAAUGGAGUAAUUCAAAGGCCAGCAAGGAAAGACCAUGGAUUCAAGUAAGGAAAUGUCGUCGGAUUCUGGGAGGAAACACGACUAACCGGGUUGCUCUGGGGCGUGAUAAAGCUACUGGAAUCGGAUACAGCAUAAUAGAAUCCCACCGCAAAUCGGAAUUUAAGAUUAUAGACAGCGCUGGCCGGCUGGUUGCAGAGGCAACACAAAAGAGGUCGUCAAGCGGAGUUCCCUAUGGAGAUGAUGUCCUAACUUUAGUGGUGGAACCCCAAACAGAUCAAUUGCUCAUUGUUGCUCUCAUGACAGUUCAUGGCCUCAUCAAUCAUAAAUUGUGAAGGGUCUGAUGCAACCAAGCCUCACAUUUACUCAUUCAUCAUUCACAUGAGUAAAGAUUUUGUAUGCAUAGGCUAUGGAAAAAAAAUGAGAUCAAACAUUAUUCAUACUUGUACAUACUUUGCACCACCAAAAAGCGCAAAAAAAGGAGAAACCUCAGAGCUUGCUGUACAUAUGAUAUCAGUUGUUUUGUGAGAAACCAUUUCCUUUGAUUUUUCAACGAGAAUUCAGACACGUUGCUUUUCUUCUUUUCAA